AUGGCUGCGGUUUCUUCGGCCCACUUGCAGGACUCCAGAAUCAAGAUCCAAGACCAAAGCGAUGACGAAGCUUACUCUCCCAAUACCAGAGACACCACCAGUCCUGAAUAUCAUGACGAGGAAAAGGCUGAAGAGAGACCUAUACUGUCGUCUUCUUUUGCUAUACAUAACGUAUUAAAAAAAGAAAGAGACAGUCAUAGCCCCGAAAACGUGUUUUCAACAGAUAAACUUCUUCAAAGUACUCCGAAUUACGAAGAUUUGCGAGAGAUUAACGAGAAUUCACGACAUUCUGAUAUUAUUGACGAUGAUGAUGAUAGAACAAAUGAAUCGAGAGCAGAAAUCAGUAUAGAUGAUAACUCUUGCUGCAGCGAUGAUACGGUUCUAUCAGUUGGUAAUGAAGCAUUACCAACAUUCGAACACAAAGGUCCAGAAACCUCUCAAAACUUAACCUCAUUCAAACACAUACAAACGCAUCUAAACGCCAUAUCACAAUUGAACCAAAACAUUAACAUGAACCAACCUCUUCUACUGCGGCCUAGUCCAAUCACCCCAAACCCCCUAAUGUUCCUAAACCAACCCCUACUAUUCCAGAAUCCUUUAAUCGGUCAGGUAGAUCUAAAAUCUGGUCUCCAAAACCGGUUGCCAGUACCGCAAAACAAUUUAAAUCUUAAUCCUCAACCGUUCGGUCUGAAUUUUGGCUUGAGAAUGAAGAAUCAGAAUCAAGAAGUAAGAAGAACAGAUGAAAAUAGAAGAGUGAACUAUGUAACACCUAAAUCUCCCGACAAUGAGUCUGAAAGGGACUUCAUUAACCAAAAUUGUUUGAAAUUCAGUAUAGACAAUAUUUUGAAAGCCGACUUUGGUAGACGUAUCACAGAUCCCCUUAAUAAGAGAAAGAUGAAGAGUAGAGUUGAGGCUAAGGUUUCUCCGGUGAAAGAGGCUUCACCGUCGAAGCCUGAUGAGGCUAGAGUCCCGGAAGUGAAGCCUGGGGAGAAGGCUGGAGCGAUAGACUUAUCAAAAGGCGACGACAGUGGAAGUAACCAGAGUUCUACAGCUGGUGGUGAGUAUUUUUAUGCCUAG